AUGAAGGUGAUCAAUGCAGGAAAGAGUGCGUUGAAUGAGGACCAGGCCUGCUGCGAGGUGUUGGUGGUCAAACGGAGACCCUCAGGAUGCUCCACACCCAACCGGACCUCCCUGGCCCGCAGGAGGUCUUCCCUGCCAAACGGAGAGGGUCUGAGCCCCCGGGACUGCAAUGACAGCUCUGAAGAGUUAACGCUCCACUACUGGGCGAUGUUCGAUGGCCACGCGGGCUCCGGGGUGGCUGUGAUGGCUUCCCGCCUCCUGCAUCACCACGUGGCCCUGCACCUUCAGGAGGUGUUGGAGAUCAUCUGCACUCCCAACCUGCUGCCCCCUACGUGCCUGGGGGAGGAGCCUAUCAAUCACCACCUCACCCCGACGUCCCAGCGCGCCCUCACCCGGGCCGCCUCGCUCCGCGGCGCCGCAGGGGCUCCGGGCUCACCCAGCAACCCCCCCACACGCUUCUUUACGGAGAAGAAGGUUUCACACGAGAGCCUGGUGGUCGGAGCCAUCGAGAACGCUUUCAAAGACAUGGUUUUCUCCACUGGCAGUGAGAUUUCACAACGACAAAGCCCGCUGGUCAGCCAGCUGUUGACAAAUCCCCAGUAUUUCUCAUGA